AUGAGCCUGGGGCCUCUGAGAGAAAAUGAAUUAAAAGACAUAGACACGUCCCUGUUCGUAGGUAGUUCCCGCAAAUACAUGGAUGGGAUCCUCGGUACUGGAUGGGCUGUUGUUGAUGGAGAGGGACGGAUCUUGGGCAGGGGUAAACUAACAGGAGACCUUUCAGCCCAAGCAGUAGAGUUGGUAGCAUUAAAAGAAGCCUUGCAUAUGGCGGAGGGGAAAAGAGCUAAUAUUAAUACCGAUAGUAGAUAUGGCUUUGGGGUAGUGCACAAUUAUAUGGUUGCUUGGAGCCGGAGGGGAUACGUUACUUUGGGAGGAGGGCACGUACAACAUGAAGCGAUAGUUAAGGAACUAGUGGAGGCUGCGAAACUACCAUUAGAGGCAGCGGUAAUAAAGGUCGAGGCUCACCAGAAAGUAGCGAACCCCAUUGAACUGGGAAACCAACGGGUGGAUAAAACAGCUAAGGAGGCUGCAGCAACCAGUCCAGGGAACCAGGUGGCUGCAGCAGCAAUUGGACCCAAGGAGGUGAACAUGGCAGAUUUACAGAGACAUUGA